UAAUUAUAAACCUGCCCCAAACACCAGCCUCUUCCCUCACACAACUUGCGCACUGCAGAAAACCUUCAAAUUCAUGCGCAAUAAUUUCUCCACUUGUUCAUACAAUCAGAAAUUAUUCAAUUUCUUUCUUUCUCAGACAAUUCUCGUAUUUACUUUCUCAAAUUAAUCUUUUCUCAUUUCUAAGUGUUCGAAAAUUAUAAAUAAAAAAUGGGGAAAAAUCAAGCGUACAAAGCGAUGCAGAGAGCCCGGCUCGGCUCGAGCUCAGCCGGGCCUGAAGAGGUUGAGGAUGGCAUGGUGGAUGGUUCAUUUCAUUCACCAGAGUGGCAUGCUGCUCGUUUGGCAAGUCUCAAAACUUCUCAUACAAUUACAUGGGAGGAGUUCAAAAAGAAGCAAAAGGAAGAAGAAGUGAGAAAGGGAGAGUUGGAAGCAGAUAAAGACAGGAUGAUGAGAGAGUAUAGGGCUCAGCUAGAUGCUGAAAGGGCACGUAAACUUGCACAUGGGAAGAACCACUCAAGCAGCAGAUCCAACCGCAGAAAGGAUAAAAAGGAGAAAGAUUCGAGGAAACAUACCAGCAAGAAGCGAAAGCAUUCGAGGCGAUCUUCAGAUUCUAGUUCAAGUUCAUCAUCAGAGACAUCAAGCAGUGAUGAAGAGAAGAGAGAGUCAAAAAGAUCGAAGUCAAGGUUGAAGAGAAGGAAGAAAGAAAAAAAGCAUCGAUCCAGAUCGAAGCACUCUAGCAGUGAAAGUGAAGAGGCUGAUGGACCCUUACCACUUUCUAGAUUCUUUGGGAGUGUGAAAAGCUGAUCUUGUGUUUGCCAUUUACUGUUUAUUCAUCUUUCUGCAAUAGUGUAAGACUUCAAUUCUUUUCUUAAAUCCUUCCAGGGUCGAGGUUCUGCUGUUCUGUUUUGGCUAUAUACACUGGCUGCAUAAACAGUCUCGUGAAAAUAUUUAAGGCCCAUUCUCUCAUUUGUGUAACUUUUGACAUGCCACAAUCAUCUAUCGCAAUUACAGAACCUUUGAAAUAGUA